CAAAAAUUGUAAACAAAAAUUCAAUACACGAUUUUUUGAACAAGUUUCAACAUGAUAUCAUUUUAUGAAUUGUGAAAACUUUGUUAAUUUGUUAUUAAAUUAAGUAUGUAUAUUACCAUUUCAAUAUGAGCAUUAUAAGCGCUUUAGAUAAUAGUAGUCGUAUAAACCCAGAGUUUUCUGUUAGAAUUGUAGUCUGCGACCAUUAUUUGAGUAAGCCGAUACCUGGAAUAGACGUUAUUUAUUCAGAUUUCCGAGGAGCUGAUAUAAAACAGGUUCCAGUUUUAAGAAUAUUUGGCCCAACACCAGAUGGUCAUAAAGCAUGUCUUCACAUUCAUGGAGUGUUUCCAUACUUCUACAUACCAUGCCCAACACCAAAUCCACAGCCACAAUUUUUAUACCAGAUUGCGGCUAGUCUGGACAAAGCACUAAAUAUUGCACUGAAACAAGCAACUUCUACCAACCAGCAUGUGUAUAAGAUAUCUCUAGUUAAAGGCCUGCCCUUCUAUGGAUACCAUGAUAAAGAACAUCUGUAUCUAAAAGUAUUUUUAUACAGUCCGGGUUUAAUCAAACAAGCUGUGGAACUAUGCAGUAAUGGAGCCAUUCUGGGCCAAUCGUUCCAACCUCAUGAAUCUCAUUUGAAUUUCACACUGCAGUUCUUUAUAGACUUCAACCUUUUCGGUAUGAGCAAUAUAGACUUACAGUGUGUUAAAUUUCGUAAGGCAGGAAUACCACAAAACAGUAAUGAAGCGCAAAGCUCUGAUGAUGUUGGACUUAAACCUGAAAGUUCUUGCUAUUUUGAAGCAGAUUGUGCAGCCUCACACAUUAUAAACAGACAAAGAAUUGGCAAAGGAGAUGGCAUAGAGAACCCUGGCUUAGAAGAAGUUUGGAACCAAGAGUCAGAAAGAAGGAAACAACUAAAUAUCUCUCUAGCCUCAAAAUCUCUGUCUCAAGGCAGAAUAAAAGCAGAAGAGACUGAUUCACAUUAUAAAUUCGAACAAAUAUUUUUAAUAAAAAUGUCUAAUUUGAUAGACAAACCAGUAGCAAUAGAAAACGAAGUUAAAAAGGAGGUUCCUCAAUAUCCAGCUGAAAGUAUGGAAGGAACACAGUUGUUUAAUGCAGUAGAUGUAAGUGUUCAUUUGCCAGAUAAAACAGAGGCUUCUGGUUUCAAUCAAACAUUGAGAGGAGAUUUUAACGACACUGAGGAAGAUCUAGAAAAUACACUAGUGAAUGAAAGCCUAGCUUUGAACAGUAGCUUGUCUUUACACUAUAGUCAAGUUUUUUUAAACAAUGAAGAUUUGGAACUAGUAGACUUAUUACAAGAUAUGGAUGAGAAACCAAUAGAAGAAGAUAGUGUGAUGGGAACACCAGCUAAUGUUGAGCAAGAUGCUGAUGUUGAUUUAGAUGAUGCUGAAUACUCUCGAAUAUUUGAUGAAGAAACUUUAAUUUUAAAUGAAGGAGAAUGUGAAAACGAUGAAGACGAAAGCUCUCCCUCGUGGAAUGAUUCUUUUUGGGAAGGUGCUAAUAUACCACAACUAGAUGGAACAUGUGAUGAUGAGCAUACGAAGAAAGUAAGGAAAAGAAAAAUGAGACCUUUUAAAUUAGGCUUGUCAAGACCUAAAGCUAAAAGGAAAGAUGAAAGUGAAUCAGAUAGUAGAUCAGGGUCUAAUGUAGAUCUAAGUCAAAUGGAUGAAAUUAAUGUUUCAAGAGAAACUAUAGAAGAUAUUUCUGAUGCACAUCUGAGAAGAGUUGUAAAAACUGAACAAGAAAGUAUUUUAAAUAAUUCUAUAAAUAUGAAUGAAGGUGAUGUAGCUAAUUGCAAAGUAGAUAAUGAAUCAAUCGUAGAUUUAGUAAAUAAAAUAACAGUGAAUCAAAAACCUUUGCAGCCAGCUCCAGCAGAACUUUAUGAUAUAGAAAAUAAUUAUGAACCAAUAGCGGGACCUUCGAAUAUUAAAGUUAGUAAAUCUUUUAAUGUAACCUUCAACAGCGAUAAUGAAAUAGAUUCUUCACCUGAACCCAAUAAACUAGGAAUAAGAAGUUUCUAUGAUGUGUCUAAAAUAUUUGAUUUAUCUCUAGAAAAUUAUGAUAAUGAAAUAAAUAAAUCUCAAUUAUUAUCAAUGGUAGACAAUAACGACGCAAAUACUGAAAAUCACGAUUGUAAUGUACAAAUUAAAAGUAAUGAAUCGCAAGAAGAAAAAUUAAACAUCAAAACUGAACCUAAUGUUGCUGUACUUAGAAAUGAAAAAUCAAUAAUAUUAACGCCGAAAAUAAAACCACCAACGAAAAGUUACGUGUGCUCAAGUUUACAACAUUAUAAUAUACCAAAAGUAAAAAACCCAGAGCCAUAUUACUCAGAUCACAAAGAUGUAGGCGACAAAGUAGAAAUAGGCCAAAUGUUGUUGAAAGUUAAUAGUAAGCUAUCAAGGGAUCAAAAACCUUUUGAGAAAGUGUUGGAUAUGACGAGUAUAGAAGAAUGGCGACAUUUACUUUUCCUUCAAACACAUGAGAUGUCGCAAGAGUCGUCAAAGCCAGAUGCUUUAAAAAUCUUGCUUGCAGGGAAUAGGAAAUGUAUUUUAGAGCCUGUUAGGAAACCACCAAGUGGCAACGAAAUUAAACAAUGGUUGUUAAAUAAAGCCAAUGUAGUGAAAGAAGAAGCCACGGUUGAUGACGAUUUUGGUAAAAAUAUUGAUGAACUGGAAAAUUCGCAAGCGCUAGGCCUCAAUGAACUUGAUAACACCUUAACUUUGGAAAGUGACGAAAAGGAAAAGUCUAACUUGAACAAUAGCCUUCAAGUAACGAUGCAACCGGAUGGAUCGUUUCUAUGCUUUGGUAGUCACGAUGUUAAGGCUGAUAGCAGUUCCAUUGAAGCCCCUACAGUAGAUGUAAAUUUUCUUACCGUCAUGGUAGCCGAAGUUCAUACAUCAGUUCGUGGAGACUUAAAUCCUGAUCCUGCUAUAGACCCUAUAGAGAUGUUAUUAGUAACAGUAACUAAUGACUGCCCGCCAGAUCAUCGGCUGCAGAAAAGCCUUACACAAAUUGUAGUUGUCGAAAAAAGUUCACCUGUGAGAUAUUUAGAUAGAUGUAUUUUCAACGCAGACGUCACAUAUGUUGACAAUGAGAGUGUUCUUUUAGAAAAGGUGCUGGAACUUGUAAUGAUACACGAUCCCGACAUAUUGUGCGGGUAUGAAAUAGAAAUGGGUUCAUGGGGAUAUAUCUUAGAGAGGGCUCAAGUUUUAGGCCUAGAAAUAGUGAAAGAAGUUUCAAGAAUAACAGAGAAGUACCGACAAAAACGCUGGAGAGGCGAAGAAAACGAUUUUGAAGGAAGAAUUAUUGGACGAAUAAUGUUGAAUGUGUGGCGUUUAUUCCGACAUGAGAUGGCACUAUCAAGCUACAGUUUUGAGAACUGUAUGUAUGAGGUGUUGAAGGAGAGAGUGCCAACUUACAGCUAUGCUCAACUGGGGAAGUGGUGGCGCGAUGAGACUCGUCUGCUAAGGUGGAUUCCCGUAGAACACUACCUGACCAGGUUGUCAGGAACUGUGAGGAUGUUGGAAAAACUUGAUAUUAUAAAUCGCACAUCGGAACUAGCUCGACUAUUCGGUCUUCAGUGGUGGGAGGUGCUGUCCCGAGGCUCUCAGUUUCGCGUCGAGUCUCUCAUGUUGCGAGCUGCGAGGCCUCUAAACUUGGUGGCUCUAUCACCAACUGUGAAGCAACGAGCUGCUAUGAGGGCACCUGAAUGUCUUCCACUUAUAUUUGAACCAGAAUCUCGCUUCUACACGGACCCCCUCAUAGUACUGGACUUCCAAAGUCUGUAUCCAUCAAUGAUGAUUGCCUACAACUACUGUUUUUCGACGUGUAUUGGGCGAGUCCAAAAUAUCAACGGAGAAUCAGAUUAUGAAUUUGGAGCAUGGCGUCUGAAAAUACCUAAAGCUAAAUUGGAAGCGUUGGUCAAAAAAGGUUUAGUUCACUGGUCGCCGGUUGGCGUUGGCUUUGUAAAAUCGUCGGUACGUCGCGGUGUACUCCCUGCUUUACUGAGAAGAAUCUUAGCGGCACGACAAGCAGUCAAGAAGAAUAUGAAAGUACAAACUGACGACGCUGUGAAAAAAGCUAUGCAUUCCAGACAACUAGGCUUAAAGUUAAUAGCAAACGUAACGUACGGGUACACAGCAGCGAACUUCAGUGGCCGUAUGCCGUGCGUAGAGGUCGGUGACAGUGUGGUCUCCAAGGGACGCGAGACAUUGGAACGUGCCAUCAAGAUGGUACGAGAUAGCACACAGUGGAACGCCAAGGUAAUCUACGGCGACACAGACUCUAUGUUUGUAUUAGUACCGGGUGGGACGCGCGCUGAAGCAUUUGAGAUUGGGCAACAGAUCGCUGACGCCGUCACAGCCGAUAAUCCUUCACCGGUUGCACUUAAACUUGAAAAGGUAUACCAACCAUGUAUUCUGCAAACUAAGAAGCGGUACGUUGGCUACAUGUACGAGAGUCCUGACCAGGAGAAGCCAGUGUACGAAGCUAAAGGAAUUGAGACUGUCAGGAGGGACGGAUGUCCAGCUGGUGUCAAACUUCUUCAGCAAGCCUUGUGUGAGUUAUUCGAAACCGGUGAUAUGUCGCGAGUGAAGCGCUCGGUCAUGGCGACAUUAUCGCGACUGGCAGACGGUUCCCUGCCACCACAGGAGCUGUUCUUCACGCGAGAGUACCACGGGCCUGCUGGGUAUAGACCCGGUGCCUCUGCACCACCUAAUGAGAUUGCCAAACGUUUAGUAUCUCACGACCGUCGAGCAGCGCCUCGCACCGGUUGGCGCGUGGCGUGGCAGGUGACGGCGGGGGCGCCGGGCGCCGCCCUGGUACGCCUGGCUCGCACUCCAGCUGAGCUCACUCGGGACCCUGCGCUACAGCCACACAAGGCGUAUUACGCAGCCAGGGUCCUAUUACCGCCGCUACAUCGCUGCCUCUCUCUACUUGGUGUAGAUGUCUUCAAAUGGUGGAGUGAAAUCGGAUACACCCGGGAAGUGCAGCAGAACGAGCCAAGUCGCGCGGGUGGCAUAGCGCGGUACAUGUGGCGCUCGCGGUGCGCGGUGUGCGCCGGGCGAAGCGCCCGCGCGGCGCUGUGUGAGCAGUGCGCCGCGCCCAGCGCCGCGCAGCGCUCCGCCGCCGUAUUGGCGGACCGUCUCGCGCGGGCCACGCACCAUCUGCAUUCCUGCCAGGCUAUUUGCGGUUCAUGUAGUGGUCAUAGUCAAUCUUCGGAAUGCGAAAACACCGAGUGUCCAGUCCUCUGGCGACGUAUAGCUGCACAACACAAACUCACACAAAUACAAGAUAUUGUCACUCAUUUACCGCCUAUUUUCACAAAAGAAAGUUUUGAUUUUUGAAAUGUUAUAUUACGCAAUGGUGAAUUGAAUAUAACGAAAUUAGUGAUAAUAAAUGAUCCGUCUGAAUAUUUUUAUUAAAUGUAUUAAUUUGAAAUAGG